AUGAUCAGAGUGACUGCAAGGAAGGUUUUUGCUGCUAAUAAUCAAAUAUUUAAACUUUCAAGGAAGCAGUUUUGUAGUGAUGCAGCCGCAAAAGCAUCUACUGCUACUGCUUCCGCCCAAUUUAACCAGGAGAGCGAUGGCAAGUUGAAUUUUACUGGUAAUGUUCAACCAUACGACAUUGCUAUUGUUGGGGGAGGCAUGGUUGGCAUGGCCCUAGCUUGUUCCUUGGCAACCAUGCCAUUGACGAAGCAUUUGAACAUUGCCAUCAUUGAUAGCAAUCCUGCUUUCGUGAAUAAAUUAUGCAUAAAGAGAGAAGACCCACCUGAUCCAAGGGUCAGUACAGUCACACCUGCGACUAUAUCUUUUUUCAAAGAUGCUGGUGCCUGGCAAUAUGUUCAACAGCAUCGACAUGCAUAUUUCGAUAAGAUGCAGGUUUGGGAUUACACCGGCUUAGGAUAUACGAAAUAUGAUGCAAGAGAUGUAGACAAAGAAGUUUUAGGGUGUGUAGUGGAGAAUAAGGUGCUCCACAGUUCUCUGUUAUCACGAAUUGAGGACACAGAUUUCCGAAAGACAAUAUAUCCUUCAAGAUUAACUUCAAUGUCUCUACAUCCAAGCUCGUCAUCCAUGGUGGUGGACAGUACAACCUCGACAGAAACAUUAUAUGCUGGGGGACGUCUAGCGAAGCUGGAACUUAGUGAUGGCAACAGCCUAUAUGCAAAAUUGGUGGUUGGAUCUGAUGGGGGAAGUCAAAAGUCCGGGAGCUUUCGGGAUUUAAAACAACUGGGUGGAAAUACUCACAGAAUGCAGUCAUAUGCACUCAAUAUUGUUUGGACCAUGAACCCAGAGGAGUCAUCUAAUUUUAAGUCAAUGAAUGAGGAUGAUUUUGUGAAAGCUGUAAAUCAUGCUCUGGAUUAUGGAUAUGGUCCUCAUCCUAAGUCAAGUGUACCGCGUAGUGCAGACAUUUUUUCAUGGCUCAGAGGAAACGUGACAAUAACAGUUAAUGAGUCUUUUGAAAUUCCGCCAAAGGUGGUCAAGUUGGCAUCUGAGAGAAUGGCAUUUCCAUUAUCUUUAAUGCAUGCUAAUGACUAUGCAUCAAAGCGUGUUGUUCUGAUUGGUGAUGCAGCACACACAGUUCAUCCUUUAGCUGGCCAGGGAGUUAAUUUGGGUUUUGGAGAUGCAUUUGCUCUUUCAAGAAUUAUUGCUGAGGGAAUUGCCGUGGGCAUGGACAUUGGGGAGGUAUCAUUGUUGAAAAGAUACGAAGCAGAGAGGAAACCGGCAAACAUCGCUAUGAUGGCUAUUCUAGAUGGCUUUCAGAAGGUGUACUCUGUUGAUUUUGGCCCUCUAAAUAUACUACGUGCUGCUGCAUUUCAUGGGGCACAAUUUAUUUCGCCACUCAAGAGGAGUAUCAUUUCGUAUGCCUCAGGAGAGCAAAGACUGCCACUUUUUUCUUGA